CCUACCACGAACAUCCCUUCCUUACAAGGCCUGACAGCACAACACUAACAGGACAUCAUGCCUUCAACCCAACUGCUUCAUGGUAGACCCUUGGCAGCAAGAUGACGUUCGAAUUGGCAAGGCGCGCGCAAAGCCAACGUCCGGUCUGCACCGAUAACCGCGUGCCUGGAACCUCCGCGAAUCAUCGUUACCUAUUCACACGCUCUUAAGCCUUGCAAGGUCCCUGCAUUGCUGAUCGUCCCUCUUCUUCUCACCAAAAAUGACGGUGCCAGCUUUGAGGAUCGUUGUUGACGGCGAUAGCAAUAGGGUAUAUCGAAGGGGAGACAAGGUUACUGGAAAGAUCUCCCUGGCAAUAGAAGAGGAGGCAGAAAUUGAGUCGCUGAAAGUUAUCUUUGCUGGCAGUUGUGUCACCAAAACGUCCCGGCCUUUACAUGUGAAUACGAAAACCGACCCUCCUGCGCAAAGACACGACUACGAAGAGAAGAUUCGACUGUUCAACCGCGAGAAAGAGCUAGUUUCUUGCCGCACUCUUGGGCCGAGGAAGUACUCAUGGGACUUUGAGUUUGUCUUUCCAGAGUCUACUGAACCACACUACAAACGGAUGGCACAUGGCUCUAACUAUCUUCGAGAGCCACACCCACUUCCGCCCUCGUUCCACCUCAAGACCAGUGUUCCAGGUGGCGCAGCCCAGAUAUCAUAUUUUGUCCAAGCCAGACUUAUCAUUAGUGGCUCGAUGGAUACCAAGAGGUGCAAGUAUACACUGCGAUACCAUCCAAGAUCGGAAGUCGACGUGCCACAACGAGCGAAAGCUACAUCUUCUGUACUCUAUACUCAAGCAUGGAAGCCACACAAAGAGAAAGAAGAAUCGCGGGUUAAGAAAGUGUUCUCCGGUGUCUCUAUGAAUUCGACACCUCGGAUCAUUCCCACAUUGUUUCAUCCCGAGAAAGUUGCUCCUGGACAGCACAUGCCGUUGUCGCUCAGCCUACUGAACGCACGAGAUCCUGCCAAUCAUGCUGAACGGGAAUGCAUCAUCGACUCCUUGACAGUCACCAUCUCGACGUACUCUACAACGAUGUGCGGCCACACAAUAAUGGAUCCCGAGGACGUUGUAUCGAAGCACAUCACCUGCAUAUCGCGAACCAGCAUGAACAGACCGAUCCCAUUCAACAAAACGACAACUCUGACGUCCAACUUUCGUCUCAUCGACGACACGGAGUGUGUUCCGACCUUCAAAACAUAUUCGAUCACCCGACGGUACGUACUUGGUAUAUCCAUCGGUAUCAAAUACAAUGAUCAACACUUCACCAUCCGUUCCAACACGGCACUGGAGAUUCUACCUCGCAUACCCCGCGACCGCUCGCUAUCAUUGCAACUAGAAGACGGCGAAGACUUUGAGCCACUUCCGCAGUACACGCCAAGAGAGCCGUCGCGAGAGUUUGCUCCAGAUUACGAAUCUCUGUACGCUCUGUCACCGGUUGGGUCAAGAAGCUCAAGCCUGUUUUCUGGAGGAUCAACACCAAGUUCUGCGGCGUCAACACCCCAGACUGAAAUUGAGCAGCCGAAUUACGAAAGAGUUGUAGUGUAGGGCGUUGUCGAGAUGUGGGUUCAGGUGGGGCGAAAAUUUUCCUUUCGCGUUUGCACCUACCUUACUUUGUGGAAAUAUUUCAUAUCGUCAAAGAACCGAAAUUUCUCAUAUUAUAUGGUUUGCUAAAUCCAGUCACUCCAUCAACAACGGUUCGGUGGUGUAGUUGGUUA